CCUGUAGUCCUCGACCUGCCACCUGAAGAGGACCCGCUGCUGCGAUACCUCACCAACACCAUCAUGAAGGACGGCAAGCGGAAGCGCGCGUCGCGCAUCGUGUCGCGCACGCUCCUCCGGCUGCACACAUUCACCCAAGCGCCCCCACUCGAGCUCCUGCGCCGAGCGGUCGAAAUGGCAUCGCCCUUCGUGCGCUCGAUGACGCACCGCUACGGCGUGAAGAACCAGCUCAUCCCCGUCGCGCUCAGCGAGAAGCAGCGCACGCGCUACGCCAUCAAGUGGAUCCUCGAGGCGAGCAAGAAACGGAGCGGGCAGACGCUCGACGAGCGUCUGGCGCGCGAGAUCAUCCUCGUCCUGCAGGACAACAGCGAAACCAAGAAACUCAAGGAGCAGGCACAUCUAUUCGCGAUGGUCAACAGG